AUGACUGAGGAUAUCAAGUCCAAAUGGAUGGAGACAGCGCUCGAAGAAGCAAAAAAAUCUCUGCGUGCUGGAGAAGUUCCAGUCGGUUGUCUUUUUAUUUAUAAGGACCAAGUUAUUGCAUCGGGCAGUAACACCGUCAAUGAAACUCACAACGCAACUCGUCACGCGGAAAUGAAUUGCAUUGACCAGGUAAUUAAGUAUUGUAAGGAUCGGAGUCUGGAGUAUCAAGAUGUCUUUAAAAGUGUUGACGUCGUGGUGACCGUCGAGCCCUGCAUAAUGUGCGCAGCGGCUCUUCACCAGCUAAAAGUAGUGAGUAUCACCUAUGGCUGCGCUAAUGACAGGUUCGGGGGCUGCAAAAGUGUUCUGGAGGUCGCUCCCAUUUACGAGUCUGGUGUUGAAAUCAUUGGGGGUCUCAAAGCUGAAGAAGCCAUGAAUUUACUCAAGGAAUUUUAUAAAGGCACUAAUCCAAAUGCUCCGGAUGAUAAAAAGAAACAUAAAAAGAGAAAUAAAGAGCAUAAGUAAUCUUUUUUUGUCAAUUAUAUUAUACAAUGAUAAAAUAUGUCAAUUUCAUUACUACUAAGUGAUAAUUGUUUAAUAAAAAUAAUUAAGAA